GAGAGAUCACCCAGACCAGAAUCGGAGGAGCUGGCGGCGUCUACUAAGCUGGAAGAGGAGGAUCCGGAGCCGGUCGGCCGCCUCGGCGAAGCCCCAGCAGCAGCAGCAGAGACCGAGUCCGAGGAGCAGCGCAACAAGUUCCUGGUGCUCCGCCUGUACGAGGCGCUCAACGGCCGCGACCACGCCGCCGUGCAGGCCCUCCUCGCCCCCGACCUCGAGUGGUGGUUCCAUGGCCCGCCCAAGCACCAGCACCACAUGAUGCGCGUGCUCACCGGCGCCGGAGCCGGAUCCAACAACAACAAUUUCGGCUUUGUGCCGCGCUCCGUCGACGCCUUGGGCUCCACCGUCAUCGCCGAGGGACCUCCCGCCGACCAGUGCCACAUCAGGAAUACUAAUGUGUACUGGGUCCACGCCUGGACCGUGGGCCCGGAUGGGGUGAUCACCCAGCUGCGCGAGUACUUCAACACCGACCUCACCGUCACCCGCCUCGCCGCCGCCACCAAGUGCGUCUGGCAGAGCCGCCGCCCCGACAGGGCAACAAACUCGCUACCAGGCCUCGUCCUCGCCCUCUAGCCACCUCCAUCCAUCUAGCUUAGCUGGAGUAAUUUCUUUUUCUUAAUAAAGACACGCAACGCAUCAUCAGCUAGCUAGAUCCGAUCCAUGAAUGACGAUGGUGCGGCAUUGUCAUCGUCAUCCUCUGUAUCACUACUAUACAUAUCACCGUAUUAUAUUCAUAUAUUGUGCUUCUUCAUCACCUGUAAUAAAAACAAAAGUGUAUAUUGUGUUUAAUUUUAUUCAGCAGUAUAUAUGGAUCAAUUGCAAA